AUGGUCUUUGAGGCGGCGGCGCGGGCGCACACUGGCAAAACUGCGGAGAAGCCGCCCUACUCGUACAUCGCGCUCAUAGCCAUGGCCAUUUGCUCGUCGCCCGCCAACAAGAUGACCCUCUCCGAGAUAUACCGCUUCAUCGCAGACAACUUUCCUUACUACAGGGACAACAGGCAGGGCUGGCAGAACUCGAUUCGCCACAACCUGAGCCUCAACGACUGCUUUGUGAAGAUACCGCGUCUGGACCUGGAGGAGGCGGGCAAGGGCAACUUCUGGACCCUCGACCCGGCGCUGGCCGCCGACAUGUUCGAGCGCGGCAACUACCGGCGGAGGCGCCGCGGCCUCAGGGCGACCACAAGGGUGAGGACCUCGGCCAGGGACACAGCACCUGACGGCCGUGAUGGAGUCAAAGAUAUACCCAGUCGGGCAAGGGUGGCGGUGGCCGUAGUGGCUGCGGUCCAGGCCUCGCCAGUCGACACCAAGAAGGCUGUGGACGCCAAACAGGGUCCGCAGCCGGCGGCGGAAGCGGGAGUUACGCAGAAUAAGAGGAACAAAAAGAGUUUGGAGUGGGGUGGUGACCUGGGUGGUUACGCGUCCGGCUUCAACCAGUGGGACAGCUCGCUCAGCUUCGGUGGUGGCCUCAGCGGCGGCCUCAGUGCCGGGCUCGGCUCCGGGUGGUCCGCCGCGGCCAGCUCGGGGUGGUCCGCACCCAGCUCCGGAUGGUCCGCGCCCCGCCAGCCAGAGGGCGUCUGGCAGAAGAAGCUCGUCUGGAAGACCGAGUGGAAGCAGAUUUGGAGGACCGAGCAGAAACAAAUCUGGAAAACGGAGUGGAAGAAGACCCAGGUCCCCGUCGAGAAGGUGAUUCAGGUCCCGGCCUGGAAGGAGAUCCAGGUGCCUGACUGGAAGAAAGUGCAGGUCCCCGUCGAAAGGGUAAUUCAGGAGCCCGCCUGGAAGGAGAUCCAAGUCCCCGACGUCAAGGUCGUCCAGGUGCCCUACUGGAAGGACGUGCAAGUGCCCAUCUGGAAGGAAGUGCAGGUUCCGGACUGGAAGCAGGUUCAGGUGCCCGUCUGGGAGAAGGUCUGGGUUGAAGAGCCCUCACACGGCUGGGGCCCCGCGCAGGGCCGCUGGGAGAAGAAGCUGGUCUGGAAGACCGAGAACAAGCAGAUCUGGAGAACCGAGAAGAAGCAAGAGUGGAUAACCAAGAAAGAGCAGGCCUACAGAGAGGAGAAGCACCAGAUCUGGAGAACAGAGAAGAAGCAGAUCUGGGUGCCCAAGAAGAUCCAGGAGUGGAAAGAAGAGUCUGUCCAGAUCUGGAGGACAGAGAAGAAGCAGAUCUGGGUGCCCAAGACGGUCCAGGAGUGGAAGGAAGAGCUCAAGUCCGUCCAGGUUCCCGCCUGGAAGGAGGUCCAGGUGCCCGACUGGAAGCAAGUCACAGUGCCAGUCUGGGAGAAGGUGUGGGUGCCACUGCCCCCCAAGGCCGAGCCAGGCUGGUGGUAAUCCAAUCGCCAAACAUGAUCUCCAUUUGUCAUUUGUACAUAGUUACCCAGAGCCACACAUCUGUCAAAAUCACGUCAAAUACAUCAUUAAAGAAAAUAGAUAAGUCGAA